AUGGGAGAAAGACAGGUCUACCUGGAUAUUCAGAUUGCCGAUCAGAAGAUUGGUAGAAUUGUCAUUGAACUAUUCGAUGAAAGGGCUCCUAAGACGACGGAAAAUUUCUACCGCUUGUGCGUAGGAGAUAUUAAAGAUGCAAUCGGCGCUCCUUUGACUUACAGAAACAAUUUCUUCCAUCGUGUUAUUAAAAACUUUAUGGUCCAGGCGGGUGAUAUUACGCAUGGAUCAGUUGAUGGUGAAAAAUCUGACGAAAUUGGGCUUGGUGGACAUUCCAUUUAUUUUGACAAGAAAAGUGGUAAAUAUAUGAAUACCAAUUUUAAGGACAACACGACUUUUUUCGAAGAUGAGAAUUUGGGGGAUUUUGAUAAACCAUUUUUGGUUGGUAUGGCAAAUUUGGGACAGUCUAAUACAAAUAGCUCCCAAUUUUUCAUUACAACAUGCAUUUCACCUCAUCUGAACAACAAUCAUAGCAUUUUAGGCCGCGUCCUGUAUGGAAAAUCAGUAGUACGAACAAUUGAGCUCACAGAGGUCGACGCUGACGGUUUCCCCCUUCAUCCCAUUAAAAUCGAGAAUUGUGGUGCGUGGAAGCCAGUGCUUGGUCUACCCGUUUACAACACCUCUAACGCAACCAUUGGAGGUGAUAUCUACGAAGAAUACCCAGACGACGACGAAAAUUUCGAUAAAGAUGUCUCCAAGGAUUCGUUUGCUGCUGCUGAGACGAUCAAGGGCUCUGGAACUGCCCUUUUGAAACAAGGCGACUUUCAAAAUGCGUUGUUCAAAUAUAAAAAGGCCUUGAGGUAUGUCAACGAGCUUGUUCCGGACAUAGAUUCAGACGCUAAAUCUUACGCGGAUUUCAUGCAGCUAAAAGCGAAGCUUUACUUAAAUCUGUCGCUGACAUUCUUGAAGCUCAAAAACUAUGAGGAUAGUAUAACGUACGCUGGAUUCCUGUUGGAUAUGAACAAGGCGGAAGAGCAAGAUAAAGCAAAAGCUUUUUAUAGACGUGGCGUUUGCCAUAAAUUGAAAGGCCGUAAUGAACUUGCAUUGAGCGAUUUUAAAAACUGUCACUCGCUCAAUCCUAAUGACAAUGUCGUUGUUGAGAGAAUCAAGGAAAUCGAGACAAAAAUCGAGGAAGAGAAGGAGAGAACCAGAAAGAAUCUGGCCAAAUUCUUUAUGUAA